AUGAAUGGUACACAAGUGAAAGAUGUCAUCAUUAAGCCUGAUGCUCCCAGCGCUCUGCUGCUGGACAAACACGCAGACUACAUCGCUGCCUACGGCUCCAAAAAGGAUGACUAUGAGUACACGCUGUCAGAGUACCUGAGGAUGAGCGGCAUCUACUGGGGGCUGACGGUGAUGGACCUGAUGGGGCAGCUGCCCCGCAUGAACCGGCAGGAGAUCAUAGACUUCAUCAAAGCCUGUCAGCACGAGUGUGGAGGCAUCAGCGCCAGCAUCGGACACGACCCCCACCUGCUCUACACCCUCAGCGCCGUCCAGAUCCUGUGCCUGUAUGACAAUGUGGAUGCACUUGAUGUGGACAAAGUGGUGGAAUACAUCAAAGGGCUUCAGCAGGAAGACGGCUCGUUUGCAGGGGACAAAUGGGGAGAAAUAGACACAAGAUUUUCCUUCUGUGCUGUAGCUACACUUGCAUUGCUGGGCAAGAUGGACGCGAUAAAUGUGGACAAAGCUGUAGAGUUCGUCUUGUCCUGUAUGAACUUUGACGGCGGUUUUGGCUGCAGACCGGGUUCAGAGUCUCAUGCUGGUCAGAUUUACUGCUGCUCUGGCUUCCUGUCGCUCACCGGUCAGCUGCACCAGGUGAACGCCGACCUGCUGGGCUGGUGGCUCUGCGAGAGGCAGCUGCCAUCUGGAGGCCUCAACGGGCGACCGGAGAAGCUUCCAGAUGUGUGCUACUCGUGGUGGGUUUUGGCGUCGCUGAAAAUCAUCGGUAGGAUCCACUGGAUCGACAAGGCCAAGCUGCGAUCGUUUAUUCUGGCCUGCCAGGACGAGGAGACCGGAGGCUUUGCUGACAGACCGGGAGACAUGGUGGAUCCUUUCCACACUCUGUUCGGGGUUGCAGGUCUCUCUCUUCUCGGAGAGGAACAGAUCAAGCCGGUGAAUCCUGUUCUGUGCAUGCCCGAGGAUGUCCUGCAGAGGAUCAACCUGCAGCCUGACCUCCUCAGUUAGCCUUCUGACUCCAUCAUCCCACCACACACACACACACGCACACACACACACACGCACACGCACACACACACAAACACGCACGCACACCGCUGCCCUGCUGGAACUACCAUGGCUGGACGUCAGGAGCAGAGAGAGGACCACCACACAUCUUAGUGUUAGAUCAAGUCUACAGACACAUUUUAGAUACCGGUCUCUGUCUCCACUCACUGAGGACACAUAGAGUUACGCAGUUCUGGAUUGAUUCCUCUGUUUUUGCGCCAUCAUUAUGUUAUCAAGUCCCUUUUGUUGGUUUUGCUCCUGAGAAUGGUUUAGGAACGAAAUGAAGUGUGGCCGCUGUCGCUAAAGCCCAUAAAUCAUGAAGCAACAUUCCUUAACUUGUCAGCGAACUCACCACGUCAGUGUGUCUGGGGAAAACGAGACUGUUAGCAAAAUGUAGUGGAAAUCAGUUGUGCAUCUCUUACUCAUCACAUUUUCAGGAAGUUAUUACUGUACUUAAUUACUGGACAGAGACAGAGGGCAGAGGCGUUCAUUGGUUCAGAUUUUUUUAUGUGCGUUACUUGAAUGACGAGGAAUAUAAGGUCUAACAUGACAGAUUUAUGCAUUUGAAACCGGUCGUGUUGGGUUAAGUUUGCUCUGUGGUUUUUGUGUUGUGGAGCCUAAGACACUUGACUAGUUUAAAGAUGAACCAUCUUUGUGUUUCUCUUUUUGUCUGAGGGUUCUGCCUUUUUCAUACACCUACAGCUCCAUAUCAAAUAACUCCCGUAUUUGGAAAGUGAGAGCGUUCGAAGGGCAAACUAUUCUCAUUCUGUUUACACUUGAGCAAUCACACUUCAACAGGUCAAAAGGUCCCACAACUGGAUACGCAACGCGGGGCUUGUUGCAAACAAAGACAGUUUUAUUAACCCUUUUAAAAGCGGAGCACCAUCCGUUUUUUUGUGCUGUGUUCAGACGCUUUUAACAUUCACACGCUGUGUGAAUCUUUGAAACCUGAGCAGAUUGGUUUUGAAAACAUGGGGGGAAAAGGCAAUGACCAACCUGGCAAGAAAU